UAACUUCUUACAUCACGGUAGAUAUGAGAGUUCCUUUGAGAGCCUGACAGGCACAUGCACUCUCUGCCGACCGGUAGUCAACUGUAGCAGCCAGAAGUCUCCGCCUCUCCCAGCGCUAACCCGAUCCCCCUCGUACUCCCAUGCCACCACCCCGAAGCCCCUUCCAUCGCCUGUCUCCUCCUCCCCCUUCCCUGUCCUGAAUCCGGGCCACUGUCCCAACGAGAAUCCACCUCUCUACACUUAUUUCAUGACUUAGCCCGGUGAAGAAAAAAAACUGAGUGAAAACAAACUGUGGAUUGGAGUUUAUCGAAGUUUUCUCUUGCCCCGAUUGUUGGUCCGCUGCAGGCGGAUCAGGGCAGGCCGAAUACAGAUUGUAUGAUGUGGAUCUGGUACCUCUUGGUUGGUUCGGGCUCGGGCUGUACCUCUGUUGAGAGCCAGCUUCUCCCAGGCAACAACUUCACCACUGAGUGUAACAUCCCGGGCAACUUCCUGUGUGGAGACGGGAAGUGUAUCCCAGGAGGCUGGCAGUGUGACGGACUCCCUGACUGCUUCGACAAGAGCGAUGAGAAAGGCUGCCCGAAGGUCAAGUCCAAGUGCGCCCCGUUCUUCGCCUGCGCCAACGGGAUCCACUGCAUCAGCCGCUUCCGCUGCAACGCCUUCAGCGACUGCCCCGACGGCAGCGACGAGGACAACUGCACAGGAAACCCGCUGGUCUGCUCCGAGGCUCGCUUCAAGUGUCGGAACGGCCGCUGUGUGGACCGCAGCUUCCUGUGUAACGGCCAAGACAACUGCCAGGACAACAGCGACGAGGAGCACUGCCUGACCACUGCAGAAGCCCCCGGCCAGGACUUUGUGACACUGGACUACCGCCUGCGCUACUACCCCAGCAUCACCUACGCCGUCAUCGGCAGCGCCGUCAUCUUCGUCCUGGUGGUGGCGCUGCUGGCCCUGGUGCUGCACCACCAGAGGAAGCGCAGCGUGCUCCUGCCGCGGGGCGUCCGCGGGGGCUCCCUCCACCACCACCACCACCAGCCCCUGCUGCUCUCCCGCCUGGUCAUCCUGGACCGCGGCCACGUCCACCCAGCAGGCCCUGGCUCGUCCCCGGGCUCGCCUGGCUCCACUGCCCAGUACAGCGCCGCUGCCCCGGGACUGCAGCUGCUGUCUGGGACCCUCUACCCCAACGGAGUGCCCAUGGACUCCCCUCCUUCCUACUCCCAGGCCGUGCUGGAUGUCAGCCGGCCCCCGUGGUUUGAUCUUCCUCCGCCCCCUUACCUCCAGGAUGGGGAGCUGCCAUCGGAGGGAGAGCUGCCCCAGUACGAGGAGCCCACGCACCCCUCAUCUCACCCCAGCACGGGGCCUUCUGAGCCCCCCGCAGCCAGAACUGUGGCCCCGGGCCUCCCCCGGCCUAGUCUGAACACCAGAGAGGAGUCAGACCAGCUGUAGUCCCUCUCCCGCUGGGGGGGCUGCUUGUACAUAAGAAACGAAAGGACCAGAGGACCGGGCCCCAGGGGCCGUGCAAAGCUGGAAAGGAGCUACCUUCUCUGGGGUGGCUCGGAGCACCGUCCUGCCUGCUGUGGAACUCACCAGGGACUCAAGAGAGCCCUACUGUACAUUCUAGCUAUGCUGAAGCACUUCUGGCUGCCAGACAGCCAUACUCCCUGGACUGCUCUUGUACGCUGGCGCCACCUACUGGUGUUUCACCCUCAUAACCCCUCAUAAUGGGACAUCAAUCAGCCAAGCCUGUUAUUGUAUCUUUUUUAUACACAUUUGCUUGUUACAAAACUCAACAGGACCCCCCACCACAAAGACCACAAGUGGACAUCAUUCCAAAAACAUAUCCAUGUCCUCAUCGACCCUGGUCACAGCCUAGACGUUGAGUCUGCAGGCUCCACCCCCCCCCCCCCCCCCCCACUACUCUCAAGAAGUCGGGAUGUAAACACAGUGCAGAAUGCAUGGUGUUGCACUCUGCACUCUGCGGAUUUACUGUUGAGUUGUACACAGACAGCAGCUACCAUCGUCAUGACACACACGUUCUGUUCCCUGGUGCCUGCUUCUUCUCACAGAACAACUGGGAAUGCUACGUUUUUGCGACAGAGCACUUAAAUGGUGUUCGUUUACCCCUGUUACCCGUCAAACAAAUUAAACAUUUACUUAUUCGGAGCAAUAGAAUGUUCUAGGAAAGGGUCUUUUGAGAAAACGGAAAAAAAGUUUUUCUUAUAUAAAGAAAUUCCUUUGUGAAGUGCUCAUCAUCAUCUCACCAAAGCCCUGAGCAAUCAGUUCAGUGUUUGUUUAUACAAAUUGUGUUUCAACGCCUUUCAAUCAAUGUCAAAGUCAAAUCAAAGGUCAAUCAUCUAAUCAACAAUUCAAAUCAAUUCAAAUCAAAUCAAAAUUUGUUGUGUUCAGAAUCUAGAUUGAGGUCAAUUAUUCCUAUAGAUACCAUUUGGACACCAGACCUUGCUCAACCCUUUAGUAUUAUUUACAACAGAGCCAAUAUCAACCAAGGAUUCCAGUGUGGUGAAGAUAAUGUUCUGAAAGUAUAAUGUCGAGCUUCGAAAAAUGUUAAAUGUUACCUGUUAUUUGUUAGUGACUGACAUAGGUGCCUUGGUUUACACUUGGUCUCUGGUAGUGUCCUGCCAGUCUCAGUCGCAAAGCUUUUCAGUGUUUGAGAAAGACAUUAGCCCAGUCUUCCCCCGUGUUACAAGGAACACUUGUCUGCUUGGCUGUACGUAUGUUAUUGAUACUACAGUUGGUUCCGCUUACGAAACCUUCUCUAUGAUACAGUAUAGUUGGACUCCUUGGGUCAGAUUCACAGACAGCAGAUUCCGAUUAAGAAUGACCCUCCAGUAUGUCUAUUAUCAAACUGGCUUCUAGGCAGGAUGUAUGAUCUGAUCUGGCCUGACACAAUCCUAGGUUGGCAGUGUGUGUAGAACAACCAAACGCAACACGUUCAUCUGCUGCUUCCCAAAUCUGUCCUCAGCAUAGCAAGACACUUAACACAGUUAUUUAACCUAUCUGAAGGAUGUGUGUGUGUGUGUGUGUGUGUGUGUGUGUGUGUGUGUGUGUGUGUGUGUGUGUGUGUGUGUGUGUGUGUGUGUGUGCGCGCGCGUGUGUUCCGACGCGUGUGCCUAUGGAGGUAUUGAUCAACUUUCUAAUGUUCGUUUCCAAGGCUUUUAUGUGACAAUGUAAAUAGAGGAUAGGGACAGUAGAGCCUUUUAUUUAUAAGCAGAGUAGAGAAAUGUAGAAUUCAAACGGAGAGGAGAAUGUGUAACCAUGAAACGUAUUCUUUUUUAUCUUAACUCCCCAAGUACUGUCCCCCACCCGACAAAACAAUGAAUAGAAACCAAAGAUGUUUGGUGUGUACAUUUGAAGCUCUUUGUAAGAUUUCGAGAGGCUCUUCAUAAGCUCUUUCUCUACAAAGCAACGUCAGAAGACCCCAACAGUGUUGUGCGUCUUUGUAUUUAGUACUUCUGUAAUGUCAACUUCAUCGAAGAAAGCAACUGAAAUAAAACAGGAAACCAUGUUGGUUUCUAGAAAACUGGAUGUUGAUUCUCAGGUCAAAUAUCAGACAGGCCACAUGUUAUCCUUUCUCUUUUCAACCAUACCUGCUUCAUAAAGUGGGUUGGAUUAAAAAAAGAUAAUUACAUUUCUGUUUCAUUGCCCGGUUCAGUUGGAAUCUGGUCGUGUUUGUAUUAAUGUCUGGUACCAGUUUUGGUUCAUUUACUUUUUCUUUCUGAUGAAAUGUAUUCUGUACAUUGAUGAAAGUAAUAUAAAGGUAAAACAGUGA